AUGACAUCAUCAAUACAACAAACCCGUUGUGGAAAUUUUGUACCACAUGUUGCUUUUGAAGAAAGGUGUAACCAAAUGUACGGACAUCUACUCCUUCCAUUAAAAGGUCAAUUAGACUAG